GCACACUGAGGUGGUGUUUGAAUAAAUAGAUCAAAGUCUGUAUCUGUAAAAUAAUUUGAAAAUACAGGGGCGAUUGUGAAAUUCACUUUCUUACCAAAAAAUCCAAUACAUUAAGCUAACCUAUCAGCGACAAGCACGUGUUUCCUAAAGGCAAAACCCAAACCCAAGCCCAAACCCCACUCACAACGAAGCUGGUGGAAAGAAAGAGCGACUCAGUGCGAAAGUGAAAGCUAUCGAUGGCGUCAGGCGGCAACGGCGGAGGUGUGGAGUGGCACGUGCGGCCUCCAAACCCUAAGAAUCCAAUCGUCUUCUUCGAUAUUACCAUCGGUACAAUUCCUGCCGGUCGUAUCAAAAUGGAACUAUUCGCUGACAUCGCUCCUAAAACCGCCGAAAAUUUCAGGCAAUUGUGCACCGGUGAGUUCAGAAAAGCAGGAUUGCCUGUUGGUUACAAGGGAUGCCAAUUCCAUAGAGUGAUCAAGGAUUUUAUGAUUCAGGCGGGUGAUUUUGUCAAGGGUGAUGGUAGUGGAUGUACUUCUAUCUAUGGACAUAAAUUUGAGGAUGAGAAUUUUAUUGCCAAACACACUGGUCCUGGUUUAUUAUCGAUGGCAAAUAGUGGACCAAAUACUAAUGGGUGUCAGUUCUUUAUCACUUGUGCAAAAUGUGACUGGCUCGACAAUAAGCAUGUUGUAUUUGGGAGAGUGCUUGGAGACGGUCUUUUGGUCGUCAGGAAGAUUGAGAAUGUUGCUACCGGACCCAACAACCGUCCAAAACUGGCAUGCAUUAUCGCAGAGUGUGGAGAAAUGUAAAAGGUGAAAUCAAGAAAAUACUAAUGAGGAUCAUCUAAUAACAUAUACUUUGUAACUAGUAUGAGCUGAGUUAGAAUUAAUUCUUGAAGUCCACUGAUGACAUCUGCUAUAGUUGUUCUGCUUUUUUUAGCAAAACAUAUACAUUAUGAAGAAGUGAAUUUUUUUUUUUUUUUUUUUAUGACAACGGGAUAUCUAAUCAUAUAUUUUACUUUGUAAGUUGCUUGUGAAUUUGGCAUCUAAUGCAAAUUUAUUUAGCUUA